UCCAACUCUGCUAACCAAAGAAUCCGAUCAUUUUUCGUUUGUUUUGAGCUGAUCCCUGGCACAAGAUCAAAUCAAAUUUAAAAUAUUUUUAUUUUCUCAUCAACCAAACAGACCCCAGAAACUCAUCGCUUGAGAGUUACCUAUUCUGAAUCGAUUCAUGUUACCGCUUUUAAUACUAUUAUAAUGAUUUUCUCCAGAAUCGGUUGCACUGUCUCCCGCUCUUCUCGCUCCACUUUCCGAACAAAUGUAACAUCGAGGAAUCUGUUGUCGAAUGAAUCGUAUGUCUCCACGCCUGUUGGAAAUGCGUGCAUUUCACGCGUCAAUCAAGGGUUAGGGAUUGUAAGGGGUUAUUUUGCACCAGCUGGAACUGGGAAGCACCUUGUUUCGAAUACCCGAUUGUCGAAUUUGGAUUCGAUUCUCGCAAACCCUAGGAUUAGGCGGUUGUUCUCCAGUGAAGGAUCAAAGAAAAGCAAAUAUGAAAAUUACUACCCCAAAAAUAAGAAGGAAAUUCCUAAAGCGAAUGAACAGAAAUCUCAAUCCAAAGAGGAUUCAGGUGCUGGUGAUCCUGGAAAUUCCCAGAACAUUGCAAAGUUGAUGCAGAAUGCGAUCACUCCUUUGUUGUUGUUUGGGAUUUUGUACACGUCAAUUUUUUCAGGUCCUCAUGAGCAGAAGCAGGUAAGCGGCUUUCCCCCUUUCUUAAGAAGCCACCAUCUAGAUAACUUCUCCAUUGCGUGCUAAGAAAUGAGCUAUCACCCCUUUAUUGGCCUUGCUAUGAGGUUACUAAACAUGAAGUUAGAUUACUUAGAAUAUUGAGGAAUCUAGUUUACUGGCUUUGUGGAAUUGUUCCUUCCCCUCUAACAAAACUAUAAACCUUCAUCGUUCUUGUUCCGGUUGGUCUUAAUGCAACAUUUUGGACUUAGCAUGACCCCUUUAUGUAUAUCUUAUUCAAGCAUGAGAUUCUAAUGCCAAUGAGAAAACCAAAUUUCAAGUAAACAAAGUGCAAAAA